AUGUGCACUGCUGGACUGGUCAAAACAUUUGCAUACUUUAUAAUGCUCGGCGCGGCACUUGUAGAAACAGGAUCGACCUGCCAAUUCGAUAAGUGUUAUGCGACAUUUCAUGACAGACUCCAAGGUUCUGGUAUUACCAAGGACAGUAAUCCAGAUUAUUGCCAACUUCUAACAAAUUUUAAUUUGUGUCUUCACGAAAUGACCACAAGUUGUUGGGGUGUAUUUUAUUACCACAGUGCUAUAACAUAUAUAGCGAACCAAAAGUCACGGAAUAAUUGCAGCAAGUUUCCUGAGACAUUAGAACCUAGGGAAGAUUUGCCACCUCGGUGUCACUAUUAUACAGAAACUGUUUCUGAUCCUGUAUAUCGUUACUGUUCGCUGUUCGGUUCACGGCAUCUACGAACCUUCAAUGGUAGCUUUGAAACCUGCGCUCGUCCUGGUGCCUAUUCAUUCUUUGAUAGCAAACAUUUCGUCAUUCAAAUUACGCAUUCAUCCUUAACCAGCGCAGCAAACGCGCUGACGAAGGUGACAGUAAUUAUCAAAGAAUGCGGAACAUGCACACAGAGGAAACAUUAUGAAGCAGGAAGUGAUAACGAAAACUUAUCAUGGGCGUUUGUUGACGGCACAACGUUUGAUGGAGAUUCAAAACGUAAAGCUGUUGAGAUAGUACCUCAGAAUCACAGUCAUGUGGAGAUCCAUAUAAACCAUAUUGCCACUAAAAUCAUUAUUAGCCGACGGGCGGCCUUCUUAGCGGUUUCACUGCUAAUUCCAGAAGCUAUGAUAAAGGAUUUUUCAAGUGAAUUUGAAUCGUUGUGCAAUCACGGAUGCUCUGGCGGUAGAGUUAUGCAGACCAGAGAAGCUCUUGCAAAUCCUGCAGCGUUUACAAGAUGUCAUGGUCUGAGUCUUAAAACGCCUGUGAAAAUAACUGUUGAUCGUUGUGCACAAGCUGGAGUUACAGAUGCAUUUUUUGAUGCGUGUGUUUUCGACUUAAUGACCACCGGCAACGAAAUGUUAGUAUCUAUGGCAUCGGAUGCCCAAACAGAUAUUUCGUUGAGAUAUCCGAUUUAUUUGAACCAGUACCGCAGCAAUCGAACGUCGCUAUCUGUGUACAAUUAUUUGACAGGCUACGAAUUUAGGAAUUGUGUUAGUGAUGUCAAAGGUCGAUCAACAGGCGGAGCAUCCGGUUUACUUCACAAUUUGUCUAUUAAGUAUCAGUUCUUUUUGCUAAUGUUUCUUUUUGUCUACUAUAACUGGUGGUUAUCAGUAUUCUGGAAUAAUUAA